GCAAAAGAAGAUGGAGGCCGUGACAAGCAGUGUGUUGUUUCCGUGCAUAAUGUAACAACGGUUUACAUAUAGUUUGCAACUAAAGACGGGCAGUGAUACAAUUUAUAACAACGGUGGUGUAUUUCGUAUAAUGCUAGUGUAAUAUGAAACAAAAUGACAACGCAAUCCAAUAAACUACCAACUAUUUCUGGUCAAAGAGUAUAUGAAGGCAGGUUCUUUGACAGAACACCGCAAUGCUUGGCUGUAAGUUUACUCACAAUUUUUAAUUUUAAAAAAGGAUAUUUCUACUUUUAACAUCCAAAAUAAAUAUUUUAGCCUUAAAAUUGCGGUUUAUAAUUUGAUAAAUAAUUAUAAAAUAUCUUUAUAAAUUUGUUUUUAAUAGGCUGGAAAACUGACUGGCAUGGGACAAUCUACUGAGCAGUGUCUUCGUCCUAAAGAUGAAAGGGUAAAUUCUUAAAGGCAAAAGACUUUAAAAUGUUUGAAUAGUCAAUUUUAACCCUUAGAUACCCAUGCUGGGAAGUAUACCAACCCCAAUUAUUUUUUUCUUACGCUUUUACCCUAGGCUGGGGUACUGCAUUAUAUAAGACCACUCACUGUAAAAAUUAUAAUAACAAUAAUAAUUAACUAAUUUAGUAGCCUAUAGGCAUAGGCAGCAUGAUAUAUCUAGUCAAAUCUGGUACACAUUCUCAUUAAUCUCACUCUACCAUGGAUGAAAGUGUGACUUAGGAUGAACAAGAACUAGAGAAUUGGAUCAAAUUUGUUUCAUAGAUUUUUUUAUAGACUGCAUCACACUUUUCUGUCCAGACUGAAGUAUGGCAAAUUAUAUUAAAAAUCAUGAACAAUUUAUAAUUAUUGAAUUAUGAUAAAUUACAACCUAACAAAGUAUACAUCAAUAACAAUUUUAAUGGCAGUGCCUAAAGUAAAUUUGCCCAAGUAAUUAUGAGAUGAGAAAUGGUGUGAGUAAUUUAGGAUAAGGGACCUUAGGCUUAAAUAAGUAUACAAUAUAAUGUUUUGCUUCUAAAGAUGACAAAUAAUGAAGAUACCAAGCCUUUACUAAAAUAUGGCCCAUGUCUAAAUCAGUAUGGUACAUCUGGUGAUCAAUUUUAUUGUUUAAAAUUAUCCUAUUUUUUGUAUUUAAAAUAAUUUUAUCUAUGAUAAAAAUCAAAUAGCAUUAAAAUAAAUAAGAUUUAAGUUUAGAGGAAUUUUGUUAAAAUAUUUAAUAUUAUUCAUAAACAUUAAAUUCUUUAUCAGCACCAAUAUACUCAUUUUUAAUAGCCUCCAUCUCCGGAAACAGUACGAAAAUUUCGAGCUACAUUUCGGCCUGAUGCUGGACAGAUGAGGAUCUUCUAUGGCACAGCAUAUGAUCCACAACGCCAGUGGGCAGUAGAGAUGACUCAUGGAGUUAACACUGAGCCAACCACCUCACUUAAGCAAAUAGUCAAUCCAGAUCCUAAAACAUUUUUUCAACAAAGGAAAAUAGAUAGGUCAUUUUCCAACGACUUAGCUAAUUUUUUUGCUAAAAUUAGACAUUUUUUUAAAAAAUAAUUUUAUUUUAGUGUUAAAAUUCCCUAGAGAAAGUAAGAUGUUUAACACAUUUGGCUUAAGUCAUAAUAAAAGAAGGAACAUUAAUAGAAGACUUAAUGUUUAAAUUUGUUGUAAAUCAUAAAGAUUUAUUAUAAAAGACAUUUAAUGAAUAAUGAUUGUUGAUUUAUUCUUCUCAAACAAAUAGUGUGUAAUUAUUAUUCUGCAGGGAUGAAAAUAUUUACUUGAGUCAUAAUCGUGCACCACUAGGAAGAUCUUAUGACCAAAGACCUGGUUUGCCAAAAUGUCUUGAUCCUGAGACAUUUACAUUUGGUCUGCCAACAGAGAUGGGUAAGUAAAAAAUGGAAAUUUAAAUUUUAAUUCAUAAGGUUAUAUCUCCAUAACACUUCUGUGAAACAAAAAUUUAACAAAUUUUAUUACAAAAUAUCUCUUUUUUUUUUCUUUUUUUUUUGCAUCAAUUAUUUAAAUAUUUGAGAGUGUAAUUCAAAUCUUUAUUCUAAUAAAUGUUCACAAUUCCUAACUACUUCAGAAGUGGGAGCUGGUGGCCUAAUAAACCCCAACAAAAAUUAUGAGCAAGUUUUUAGGGAAGCCACAGAGGGACAUGACCUUUAUGUGAAAUCACAUGCUGAUUACUAUCCACGAGAGCGUGUCAAUCGCAGUUACAGCAGUCCAAACUUUCACCCUCAGGUGAGCAUGUUUUUAUUCACUAGAAUCAUAGACAAAUUCAAGAUUACAUUUCACAAUAACCAUGUCCUUAUUAACUAACUAACUUAAGAAAAUCAGCGAACACCGAGCCCUUGUAGGCUCAUAUGGUCCUCCCCAACGCACCACCCCUCCAACCAAAUCGGCCGUCAACCACUCCCCCAGUGGUCUUUAUUCCGAUCGGGCCGCGAAGCGACACGCCAGGGACGCUCGGCCCCUAAGACCGCCACACCCGACCUCCACUCGAUUGGCCGCUUAGUGUGGCAGCCCCAGAGAAGAAACACCUGGCCAGCCGGAUUGCUACUCACGCAGCAACAGGGCCGGGCUUUCUAAGGGGUUGGGGUGGAUAUUUAACGUCUCUAAAGUCCCCCCUUACCACCCCGGGGGGACCGCGUAGUUGUUUAAGACCGACGCCCUCUACUAGGGUUUGUAUGGUUAUUCUACGGCGCGACUAAUUCACACCGUAGAUGGGAGAGAGAGGUUGCCUUGGAGCAGUACCCUCAAGACUGCAUAUUUAAAAUCACCGGUGAAAGGUUGCCACACACCUUCACCUCAUAUCCAUACGGCAACUGUAAUCAUGUCCCAACCUGUUUCUGCGUUUAGUAAAAUAAUUCGACUGCACUUGGUGGGAAGCCAUGCAAUCGUGCUUGUUCUAACGCAGUCUCCGUGCGUUACCUUUGCCUUUCAGCGCGGGUCCCCUACACGGUGGUACUGUUCCCCGGGUAACGCUUCAGGGGGUUCGUGGCGAGCGCCUCUUUAUCAACAUGUCAAUAACUAACAUGACGACAAGAGCCCGGGGCCCCAUGUCCUAACUAAUCUGUUUACCUGCAUCUGCUGCCAGAUAACUUAUACAUUUAAGUUAGCUCAUCAGGAGUUUAAUGACUUCAUUUUGUUAGUCCUGAGACGUCUAAACUUGUUAUAACAAGAGAAAACAAUGAAAGUGGCUACUGAACAUACAAAUAAUGGGAAGGGAAUAUAGAGUUAGAAGAUGUAUGGGCUUCAUGGAGUUCAUGCUUCAAGCUAAAACCAGCCGGAGUGAAUAGCUCAAACCUACUUUAAGAUCUCUUCAACACACUUUCCCUCAUCCUCUGUAUCCAUCUUGUAUUCACUCUCCACCUUGGGCCAAAGAUUAGAAAACUUGAAUUGGUUGCAUCUCAAGAUGUAACAUUAAAGUGUAUCCUGAAGCUGUGAUGAGGAAAUUGUACAGAGUUAUUCAUAUUUAUAUCUUCAUUUCCAGAAACGUUAUGGUUUGCCAACUCCUCACUGCAAUGAUGGUAAAAAAGCAAAGGAAACCCUCAUGUGGUUGCAGGAAACUCAGGCAGAUAAGGCAACAAAAUUUGUCAAUAAACGAUUGGAAGACUUUAAAGAAAAAUUUCAACCCCAGCUAGGAAAAGUGCUUGAUCCGUAAGAUUCUAAAGUUGUUAAAGAAUGUAUUUUCAGAAGUAUGACAAUCAGUCUGUUUUAUUGAUCUUUUUUCAUAUCAAAGGCAAACUUUAAGUUUUAGAAUAUUCAGAGAUAAGCCCUAUUGAUAAGACCGAUAAAUAUUUAUUUCAGCAAUGGCAAAUAGGGUCAAAUGUGAAACUCAUUGAAAGGAAAUAUAAAAUUUCAUAGGCUUUCAGAGGAAACCAUUACUUUAAUCUUCAGGUUAAUCAUGAUCACCAUUUUUCUUACACUUAAAAUUUAUUUUACCUUGAAAAACGUGUAUAAUUUUUUUCCUGACAUCAGAAUCAAAGACACAAUGAAUGUUCCGCCUGAUCAUACUUUUGGAGCCCUGCAUCACCCAGACCCUUAUGGUGCAGGGGAUGUCAUACAUAAUCGCAAGCCAGACAACAUUUUACGUGGGAAGGAGAGUCAGAGGGCAGUUGUAGCCGCGAUAAGACAGCAGCUGAAAAAACUUAAUUAUUACCAUUUCAAUAACCUCCUUGAAGCUUUCAGGUUUUAUGAUCAGGUAUUCUGGGAAAUUGAUAUAAUUUUUCUAUGAAAUAAAGUAACCUAAGAAAAAAAAUCAGACAGAAAGAUGCUUAAGGAAAAAUUAAUGAUGAUACUUAAUGAAAUAUAUAUUUUUGAAGAGAAAAUCAAUCAUUCACUCAUUUUUUAAUUUUCAUCAUAAAAAUAAUCCUCCGCAGGAUGGCAAAGGGAAAAUCACUCUCUCCAACCUGCACAAUGUUUGUGUCAAAUACCGUCUCCCUGUGGACUUUGAUAUGCUAGAAAAAGUUCUAGAUUAUUGUGAUGUGGAUAAAGAUGGAAUGAUCAACUACAUUGAGUUUUGUAAUUUUCUAAAUUGGAAAGAUAAGAUGCCUACAGGACUGGAUGAACUUGGUCGUAAGUUAUUUAAUAAUGUAGAAAUUGAAUUUUAAAAAUGUCAUUUUAUAGUAACUUAACACAUUUAUAAAACAAACGUUUUCUCUGGCCCACAGUAAAUAACAUCAUAAUAAUGCUAGAAAACUUUCUUUAUCAAUUAAGAUGAAAAGGGGUUAAUUAUUGUCUAGACAUGGCUGCACCAUUUUUGAGGACACUCUUUAAAAAGAAUAUGUGUUGACAUAUGUUUUAUUUGCUGCUGAUUUGACAGUUCCGUACAUAUUUUACACAUUUGGUAAAUCAAUAAUCCAACAAAUUUUGAUAGACUUAAAGCCCUCUUAAGAAUAAAACACAAUAUGACCCCCGUGGCACACCGCAAUAAAGAGUUACAAGAAUUUAAAUACCAUUCCCUAACCAAAAUAUGUCAAUAUUUAUACAUGCUUUGCUUCCAUGAAAGUUGUUUUUUUUAAAAGGUUUGAAAUUUAUUUUAAAAUUGUGUCAACCACCAGAAUAUUCUCUUUCAGCUCCCCCCAUGAUGAUAGGCACUGACUACCUACAAAGGAAGGGUCCACCAGAGAAACUAAUUGCUGAAGCAGAUCUGAUUGCCAAGACACCACAAACAACUGAACUGACUACACGAGUCUUAGAGAAGCAGAUAGACUUUAAUGUGGGCAACCAUAGUACCAGCAAUGCCAUGUAUAAUGCAGUCAUAGGACCAGGAGGCAUUAACUCAAGAUGUAAGUCCAAAAAAUUAAACAAAAACAAUACUGUCCAAUAUGUUUAUUUAUUGUCUAUUUUUUUACUAUAAUAAUGUAUUUUAUUUUUGAUUAUAUUAAUUAACCAGCUUCCAUUAUUUUGUAUCUAUUUCAAUCAGCAUUUCGCACCUAUGGGGUUCCUUCUGUACGUUCUGAUCUACGAGCACCUAAAAUCAAAAGAAUUCACGACCGCAUAAAUUAUGGGGAUGAGUCCUACGUAUAUGGUUUGAUGUCUCCAUCCAUCUUUAGUCAGCGUGGUGUUUUUGAGAGGGAUUUACUACAGCCCAGAACUUUUGAAGAGGUUUGUUUGUCAGUACACAGUUUUUGUAUCCAAAUAUUGAUGAUGAUAUUCAAUGCAGGUUAAUUUAUCUGUAUAUUUAGCAAUCAAAUUCAGAAAGAAAGAAAUUAGAUUUUCUUUGUAUUCAUUUUAAAACCUUAACCUUGUGUAGACCUUUGGGCUAAUAUAGAAAUGUUGAUUUCAACUUAAAAACAGAAUAGAUAAUGUUAAUAUAUGAACAACUAAGUGAUGGAGAAGAGAUUUUCUUUUCUCUGUUUAGAUCAAGUCCAUCUUUACAAACAUUGGGGUCAGGAUGACAGGCGAGGACAUGGAUAAAGCUUACAAAAUGGCAGCACAGGGCCAUCCAAAAGGUCAUGUGAGUGUUGAAUCCUUCCGGAACCUGUUAGAUGAUAUACAAGUUCAGCAGAUCAAAGCUGGUGUUCACCCAAUGGCACUAGGGGAGGCACAGUUAUUUUAAUUAGGGUCAGUAAACAAAUUAUGUCUUAAAAAAUAUAGCAAGUAACAUGUUUUUAUGUUACAUUUACAAUAUUACAGUAUUGAUUGAAUUCUGGAGAUUCAUUAGGCUGAUGUUACAUUUAUAAUAUUACAGUAUUGAUUGAAUUCUGGAGAUUCAGUAGGCUGAUGUUACAUUUAUAAUAUUACAGUAUUGAUUAAAUUCUGGAGAUUCAGUACGCUGAUGUUACAUUUAUAAUAUUACAGUAUUGAUUGAAUUCUGGAGAUUCAGUAGCCUAAUGUGACAUUUAUAAUAUUACAGUUUUGAUUGAAUUCUGGAGAUUCAGUAGGCUGUUUAAACAUUUCAUAUUAUUUUGUUAGCUUUAGUUAAAAGAUUAACUGGGCUUAAAUAUUUGAUAACUGCAAAUGUAUAUUUUUAUAGGGGUUAUACAGAAUGAAAGACAUAUUCGAAUUAUACAAUUCUAAUCUGUUUAUGGAACUUAUUACAUCUUUUAUUAUAGUAUUACUGAAUCCAAGAAAGUAUUAGAUGUGCAACUUCCGUUUUCAAAUUAAAGUCUUUUAUAAAAUCAGUAUUGCUGAUAAAAAUGGGGUAAUUCAUAUAAAAUUAAUACCUGAAAUGCAUAUUCAUGUUUUAACAUGUAAAAUCAAAUUAUGAUUUAAAAAACAUCAAUUUGUGCAAAAUUUUUGUUUCAAGUCCAUAUGUUUCAAAUUCAUAUAAUCCUAGAUUUAUAUAUUGUAAAAAUUUGUUGACAUAUCAUUUUCAAGCAUUAUAACAUUUUUGUGGUGUUGUCUUUACUUAUUAUUUAAUGAUGAAUACUUUAAAUGAGCUGAAUCUCUAUUAAAUGGGAGGCCCAAACCUGGACUGGCUCAAUAUAUAGGAUCAAAUUAUUCAGAUAAGAUUAAAUUUUGUAUCUUUAUAUGAGUAAAAAUAUAGAAAAGCAUUAUUAGGCCAAGACUCCGAGCACAUGCAGUUAAUUUUUUAAUUAAUUUAAUCAUGAAUUAAUGGUUUAACAAGGGCUUUCUAGAACUGUAUGAUUUAUUUUCUAAGCAUUCAUAACAUAAUAUAUCUUGCUAGUACUAGGGAAAUUACUGUAAAAAUUCACUAUUCUUUACCACCAGAAUUGAAAGUUGUCUGACUGGCUGGCAAUAUUCAAAACACAUUUUGUCACAGUUUUGACAUGUUUGAUAGAAGGAAAUAUACAAUAAAUACUGGCAAUGCAACAAUAGAUAUUUUUUAAGACUUGCUUCGUUUUAAAUGUAUAAUUUGUUUAAUAAGAUGACCUUCCUUUAUUUUACCUAAAUACUGGCCCAGUAUAAUUUGCUUAAUAAGAUAACCUCGCUUUAUUUUACUUAAACACUUGCCCAGUUUAAUUUGUUCAAUAAGAUAACCUUCCUUUAUUUUACUUGAAAACUGGCCCAGUAUUGGUUCUAUGCACAGGUUUUACUUCAUUUUAUUGACAGCACCUUUGUUUUUCUUGAUUAUUAUCACAAUGAAUAUGCCUUUUGGUAAUAACAGAAGUAAAGUUUUGAUAUCAUUUUACCUUUGAACAACAACUUUGUACCUGCUCCAUGUGAUCAUCUCUGACAGUAUUAUAACCACACAGCAGUAUUAGAAAUAUUGUUUACUUACUCUCAGCAUUAUGUUUGAUUUUAAAAUAUUUUUUUUAAAAUUAAAAAUUAAAUACUGCUAUCAGAGCACAAAUAAUUGUAUAACACCCACACAUGCUUCCAAUGCUAUUCUUGUAUUUAUCCUAUGUCAGUUGUCUAUUGCCUUCAUUGAUCAAAGAAAAUGUUUGCCUUAUAUUUCAAAUCUGCUCCAAAUCUAUGCAAUUUUAUCAUGAGAUUAAUUCAUUCCAGAGUAUUUAUUUUUAUAUGGCUAAAAUUUAUUUAAUGGUCUCAUUGUAUACAUCGGUAGAUUGAUUAGCUGUCAUGCAUGUUAAGCUGAAAUUUGAAGAAUGGCCUGAGUUAUGUUUAAUAUGGUUCAUCCCUGCUUAAUUUUAUCAUUAAAAAUUUCACAAUUUUUAGUAUUUUGAUUGCGAACUAUAAAAUAAACAAUCUAAUCAACAUAUUAUAAAAAAAAAUAUUUAUUGAUUAGACUGAAAUUUUGUUGUGAUUUAGUAUUUAUAAUUUUUGGCCUCUGAUUUUAGCAUUUUAUAACCGCCCCUUACAACUGUUAAAUGAAAUAAUUCCCAGUGUUUAAACAAUGAUCAUAGAUUAUGGAUAUUAGAAUGGUUAUUUGUGACAUAAAAUUUGUAACUGUUACGAUUUCCAACUCACCAAUAUGACACCUGUCAGCAUUAUUAUUUAAUUAAUCAUUUUUUCUGAAAGAUAGUAGUUUUCUUUGUUUGAUUGUGAAAUAUACAACUACAACAUUUACUUACUUAGAUCGAAAAUACUUGAUAUACCUAUAACAAGGAACGGAGGGCCUCCAAUACUUGAUAUACCUAUAACAACAAGUGGAGGGCCUCAGAUACUUGAUAUACCUAUAACAACGAGCGGAGGGCCUCAUAUGUUUGAUAUACCUACAACAACGAGCGGAGGGCCUCCAAUACUUGAUAUACCUAUAACAACGAGCUGAGGGCCUCCAAUACUUGAUUUUAUCUGUGAUAUAUUUUUUUGACCAGGUUUAUGAAAAUAUUUAAAUGAAUUAAAAUUUGUGAAUACAUCGGC